ACGCGCCCAGCUGUCAGGACUGUCCGCGCGGCGCCCAACUCGGUCCACAAAUGAGCUUGUACGUUUCACCUGUUGCUCCACGUUCACCGCGUAGCUCCUCCCACCUGUUUCCACCUGUCCAGGCGGACUCGUUUAAUGUGUGUUUUUACUGCGACGUGUUCGCGGUUUACGGCAGCGCGCGAGGCUGUCAUGAGAAUCAGGUGAGGCGGAAGUGGAUACAGGAGAGGGCCUCGCGCUGCUUACCUGUCUGCAGGUAAACAACAGGAGCAGAGAGAGAAACGGAGGAAAAGAAGACAAAGACAGAAAAUGAGUAACCCGAUCCCAUCCAAUCUGAAGUCAGAGGCCAAGAAAGCCGCCAAGAUCCUGAGAGACUUCACCGAGAUCUCCAGCAGGAACGGACCGGACAAACUCAUCCCCGCUCAUGUGAUAGCGAAGGCGGAGGGUCUGGCCAUCAUCUCCGUCAUCAAGGCCGGCUUCAUGAUCACAGCCAGAGGAGGCAGCGGCAUCGUCAUCGCCAGGCUGGCCGACAGACGCUGGUCGGCGCCGUCCGCCAUCGGCAUCGCGGGUCUGGGAGGAGGCUUCGAGAUCGGGGUGGAGGUGUCCGACCUGGUGAUCAUCCUGAACCAGCGCCGGGCCAUCGAGGCCUUCACGAAGGGCGGGAACCUGACGCUGGGCGGGAACUGCACCGUGGCUGUGGGGCCGAUGGGCAGGAACCUGGAGGCCGACGUCGCGGUGCGCAGCACGGCGGCGGUCUUCACGUACUGUCGGUCCAGAGGUCUGUUUGCAGGGAUCUCUCUGGAGGGAUCCUACCUGAUCGAACGCAAGGAGACCAACCGCAAGUUCUACUCCCAAGACAUCCGCGCGUCAGCCAUUUUGAACGGCGAAGUGGAGCCGCCGUCCGAGUGCUACGACCUCUACCACAUCCUGGACGCCUACGCCGAGGCCUACACGGCCAACUGGACCAGCAAGAACAUGCGUCCAAAGGCGUCUCUCGCUCCGUCCAGACCUCCAGCUCCACCUCAGCAGAGAGCAGCCAGCAGCGGAAGUACAGGAAAUAAGAACUCUCUCUACCCGAGCAUCUCCGUCUAUAAAUCCGAGACCUCAGGUCAGUUUGCCUCCAGAAACCCUCACACUGACGAGGGAGGACCGUCAGUGGGCGGAGCCACCGGGCAGCUGGUCGUCACGGCAACCCACCCCUUCACGGGUCAGCAGCCCGGCGACCUGAGCUUCGUCCCCGGCGACCGCAUCACCGUGAUCACCCAGACCGACUCUCAGUACGACUGGUGGGAGGGGCAACUGGCCAAUGGGCGGGUCGGGAUCUUCCCUGCCAACUUCGUCACGUACUGAGCGCCGCCCCCUGGUGGCCUGACGGAGGAAGUGCGGCUAAAAGUUUCUACAGGAAGCAGGACGGGUCAAAUCAACAAAUAUUUUAGGUUUUGGUCUCACUUUGGAGCUGCUGGGGUGAAUUGAAAUAUGAGAUUAGAGAAUCUGACACUGAAAUUCAGCAAACUUUGUUGUUUUCAGGCGUUUCAUAGAGCAAACGUCUGCUCUUCUGGAAAAUUUGUCAAAAAUGGAAAUAGAAAAUGAUUUCACAGGUCGUACACAGGUUCUCUACUACACAGUGUACAGGUGUGCAGAUACAAAAUGUCCAUGAUUUUAAAGUUUGAGGUUAGGAAUCUGUUACUUUCCUUCACAGUGCUUUUGUAUGAAACAGUAUUUAAGUUCUGGGGUCUGUUACUGCGUCCACCUUCAGACGUGUCCUCAGCGGGACGCGGGGGUUUCUGUUUGUACUGAUGAUGAUGAUGAUGAUGAUGACGCUGACAGCAGGUGAUUUAAAUCAUGUGGUGACUGUUUUUUCCUCUGAGACUGCGUGAGGAUGAGAAAUAAAAGUGAUUUAGAAAGA